GCUAAGGGGCGGGACAUCUCUAAGCGGUUGACCAAUCACAACAGAGCCGGCCAAUUAACCAGUCAGAGCAGUCUUGGCUCUGGACAGAGGGUCAAAGUAUGAGAAAAAGAAAGACCUUUUUGAACAUUAAAGCAUUUAAACAUGUCACAGUAGUGUCACAACAUAACAUUAUUAAACCUGAAACAGAGUAUAAUAUGCCCUCUUUAAUUUGAGCCCUGUUCCCUUUAUAAGCUUAACCAAUGAAAUCAGUCACUCCGGUUAAAUAAAGCCCUCUCCUGACGAGCCUAGUGUUAAUUUACUUUUGCUGAUACCUGUGGUUUGUAUUGACUUCAUGUUUUCAUCACUCCAGGCUUGCAAGGGUGAAGACUUGGGGAAAGUGGAGUUUGACGAAGAGAUUAAAAAGCGCUUCAAGAUGGUCUACGUGCCAAACUGGUUCUCUGUCGAUCUGAAAACCGGGAUGCUCACCAUCACGCUGGAUGAAAGCGACUGCUUCGCUGCCUGGGUCUCUGCAAAGGAUGCCGGCUUUUCAAGCUCUGAUGGAUCCGACCCAAAGUUGAACCUGGGUGGACUCCUGCUCCAGGCUCUGCUGGAGUUCUGGCCCAGAACUCGCAUCAACCCCAUGGAUGAGGAGGAGAACGAGGUGAACCACGUGAACGGGGAGCAGGAGAACCGGGUCCAGAAAGGAAAUGGAUAUUUCCAAGUGCCACCACACACGCCAGUCAUCUUUGGAGAGGCAGGAGGCAGAACUUUAUUUAGGUUGCUAUGUAGAGAUUCAGGUGGAGAGACGGAGUCCAUGCUGCUGAACGAGACCGUUCCACAGUGGGUUAUAGACAUAACGGUAGAUAAAAAUAUGCCCAAAUUCAACAAAAUCCCAUUCUACCUCCAGCCCCAUUCUUCCUCCGGAGCAAAAACUCUAAAGAAGGACCGCCUCUCGGCCAGCGACAUGCUACAGGUGAGGAAGGUGAUGGAGCACGUUUACGAGAAGAUCAUCAACCUGGACAACGAGUCGCAGACCACCAGCUCCUCGGCCAACGACAAGCCGGGGGAUCAGGAGAAGGAGGAGGACAUGGCCAUGCUCGCCGAGGAGAAGAUCGAACUAAUGUGUCAAGACCAGGUUCUAGAUCCCAACAUGGACCUGCGAACAGUUAAACAUUUUAUCUGGAAGAGCGGAGGGGACUUGACGCUUCACUAUAGGCAGAAGUCCACGUGAAAAUGCUCAUUUAAAAAACAAACAAACAUGAACUCUUCGUCAUUUGCCAAUCACCACCCACCUCUGACAUGUAGUACCCUAAAAAAAUCGUUGUGUGGUCGAGAGUCGCGGUAUCAAUGAGAAAAAUGUGUGAGGAAACAAAGCUCGAGGUGUAUCAUAGAGAAGUGACCAGAACAGGCCGGAGCAGCCGAGAGACAUCGGGGACACAAGGGUCCGUAGUUUCAUCUUUCUUUUUUUUUUUACAGUUUGAAGAAAGGACUUUCUUUUUCCCUCUGAUUGGCGUUUUAUUUUGAAGGGACGGUCUGUGUUUGUGUCCAAGCGUGUGUGUGUGUAUGCACAUGGAUGUAGUAGACUGUUUUGUUUGUUCUAGUACAUUCCAGGAAACUGUCCUUGUUCCACAAACGCUCAGCAUUAUCGGAGCACUUGGUCUCUGGGUAGCGUCACAGCCUCUCCUCUGUUCUGCUGUCAUCUUAACUCUUAGACAUCAAAUUACCGCAGAGCUUGAAACCUCAUUGACAGAAGCACUUGUCUGUGUCUUUUUUAGCUGUGCUGGUCUCAAUGUUCUUUUUCGUUGUUGUAAAUAUGUGUACAACUUUUUUUGCUUUCAGUGACUUUCAUUUGCAGCAGUUUUAUUCCGUUAUUGUACAGUUUACUUAACAUUUAUUUUUUCCCCCAAAAUCCCUAGAGCACAUUCACGGUCAUUAAUUUGACUUGGAUGUUUAAAUAUUUAAUACAACCCAAAAAAUCAUGUUAGUGGUUGUCCAAGUCAUCUUAGCAAUUGGGGAAAUUAUAUGUAAGUUAUAUAUCUUUUAAUAACAUGCUUACCCUUGGGUCAUGAGCGGUGAGGGCUCUUCCUAAUGUAUAUUUCAUUUAGAUUUAAUAGUUCAAUGAAUAUAACUUGAAGGGGAAUCUCAUCUAAGAGAUUAUAUAAAUAUAUCACCAUGUGGAAAUCUCUAAAGUGAACAGGAAAACCCUUUUUCUUUCUUCUUGCAGAUCUUUUCAUUGUACAUUUUCCGCAGUUAAUUUUUGCCAUGAAGAGUGUGUUACGCCAUCACGGGGGGGGAAGCAUCGAGUGAGCUCUAAUUGGCCAAAAUCAUGAUGGGUACCACAAUUAGGCCAUGACGCUGCAAUAUCCCUUGUUGUAAUAAUUUGUUAAAUAUGUAUAUUUUAGGCAUUCAAAUAAAUAAAUUGGAAUGGUUUAACAAUGACACAUUAUGGGGAUUGUAAAUGGAUGUGUUAGUGUGCGAAACAAGAAAAACAAGGGACGAUUUUUCUUUUUUUAAAGUGAUAUGAUUGUUUAACCUUCACCCAUUCACAUUCAUCAAAAGAUUCUGCACUCAUUCCUAAUAAAACAUACAAUUAAUUGAUAAAAUAUCUGCAAAAAUACUUUUCCUUAUUUUACACACUAGCACCUACUUUGACAGUGAAAAACUUUUAAGAAGCCCCCUAGAAAGAGAAAUAAUAACUCAACAGCAGCAUCACUGUGGCUAGACGUCUUGCAUACUCAAUUGCACAUUAUCUGCCAACUCUCAGGCAGCAUAUGUCUACUGUUGCAUAGAUUACAAAUAUUUAAAAGAGUAAAAUCAGACAUGGGGGAUAUGAUUCCAACCAUACAAAUUAUUUUUAACAGAUCCCAGGCUGCAUAGCUGAAUAAAUCAAAUUUAGAAACGGUGUUUAAAACAUACUGACCUCGUGAAAUCUGGAGUAAACGCAUUUUAUGCACAAACAUUUCCGUCAUACAAACACUUAAAAAAUCCAUAACAUGGGCAGUACUGUAAAAUGUUCCCUCUUAAAACCUUAAAUGCUACCUUUUUAAAGCUUUGGGAUUUAUUUUAAAAACACAACAGAUGUAACAAUGCGCUUAAAAAAAAUGUUGUGUUUUUGGAUAUUAAGGUGCGGCUGUGCUUUUCUGUAUGCCUUUGGAAGUGUUAAAGUAUUCAUUCAACCGAAGCAAAGCCCUGUCACCCUUAUAAUCUAAUAAUUUUGCACCAAAGCAUGAAAAUGUUUUGACAUUAUGACCUUAGUGUACAAAUUAGCAGUAACUCUCCCACAUAUAAAACAAAUAGUAUUUCUCUAAUGCUUUAGUUUGUUUCUGUAGUGUAACUUACUUCAUGAGGGAUUGUUAGACUGUAAUAUAAAA